CUGAUAUGGUUGCUGUUGCUUUUGUUAGAAAUAAGAUCUCCUACCACAUGCUCAGAACUCAGAAAUGUGUUCACUCGUACAUGAUUUUGGGGCGUUUACAUGCACUUGUGAAAAGUCAUUUGAGAAGUUGUUGGGAUCUGAUGAAAGAACCGAUGUGAGUUUACUCAAAGUUCUGAGCUGGUGAAGACUAGAACGUGGCUGUUAUUUUAUUUUACUAUUAUUAUUAUUAUUAUUUUACAGGGUUUUUUUUUGAGGAUGUCGUUCAUCAUCACAUUUCAGCUGCUUCUCAUCUCUCAACUCAUGAGUCUCAUAACAGCUCAUUCACAGGGACUCGUACAGGACAGAUGAGUUUACAGUACACUUUGUGUUUACUUGGGCAUUUACUGAUAAAUUCAUCACUAAUUCCUCUGAAGAAGCUCACGAUGGAUAAAUAUUUGACUUUGUGUGAGCAGAAGAAAGAGACAGAAGAAAAAGGCAGAUGAAGGUGACUAUCAGAACGUCAGGCCGAGCGCUAAAGACGACACGUACGCAGCUCUCGACCUCGCGGCCCGGACAUCUGAUGAUGUGUAUCACACACUUGCAGUUUCUUUGAGGAUGUCGCCCAUCAUCACGUUUCAGCUGCUGCUCUUCUCUCAACUCAUGAUUCUCGGAGCUCUUGGGAAUGAAUGGAGUGUGACAUACAGCAAACUAAAUCUCUGUGCUUUAAAAGGAUCUACAGUGUUUAUGAACGUCACGUACACACACCCAACACAUCUUACAGUGAAGAACAGGUUUUGGUUAAUAAAUGCAGUUCAGGGUAAAGAACCGACUGAUCUGCGUAAUGAUUCAGGUUACUCAGGCAGAGUGGCGUAUUCAGGAGAUGAACAGAAACACUUCUCCCUCAGACUGAGUGACGUGAAGAAAUCAGAUAAACAGAAGUACUGGUUCAGAAUCACAACAAAUGAAGAAAAAGAAAGAUACCAGGGUGAACCUGGAGUUACACUCACUGUUACAGAUCUUCAGGUGAUCGCUCCUGCAGAAGUGACAGAGGGACAAUCAGCCGUUCUGACCUGUAAAACCACCUGCAGUCUGACUGAUCCAACAUUCAUCUGGUACAAAAACAGACGUGAUUUAACCACAAACACCCCCAAGAGCAAUGAACUCCACCUGCAGCCGGUCAGCAGUAAGGAUGCAGGCAGUUAUAGCUGUGCUGUAAGAGGAUAUGAACAUCUCCCCUCUCCUGAUCAAACCCUCAGAGUCAGAUAUCCUCCAAAGAACGUCUCAGUGUCCAUCAGCUCCUCUGGUGAAAUAGUGGAGGGCAGUUCAGUGACUCUGACCUGCAGCAGUGAUGCUAACCCACCUGUGAAGAACUACACCUGGUUUAAGGGGACGACAUCAGUAGGAAAAGAAAAGACCUACACCAUCUCCAAGAUCAGCUCUGAGGACAGUGGACAGUACAAGUGCAAGUGCAGUAAUGAAGUCGGACAUCAGUACUCCAUCAGUGUAACUCUGAAUGUAGUUGAUUGGCCGAGUAAAGUGCUGAACGCAGUGAUUCCAGUCAUCGUGUGUCUAUCAGGUUUAUCACUUGUUCUCAUCAUUGUGCUUUUGAGGAGAAAAAAGAUGUACUGCUGGUCAGAACAGCGCACUGUUAAACACGAUAGUGUCGCUGCUCAAUCUGAAGCCAGUGACGCACCUCAGUCUGGCUCACACUCAGCCAAUCAGGAUGAAGUUCACUACGCAAGCAUCGCACAACCGAGGAACACUGGGAGAACUGCAAUGAGAGCUUCUGAGCAGGUUCUUUAUGCUAGUGUCCAGCAGCGAUGUGAUAAAGUGGUGGAGAAUCGUCAGGAGGAUGAUGUUCAGUACACUUCUGUACACUUAUCCUCUUCACACAGGCCUUACGAUGAAACAACAGAGAGUAAUUCAGUCAUCUACGGCAAUAUUAAAUGAACAACAUUGGCACAAAACCCUUACACCUCAGUUUUGUGAUAUUUUAAGAUUAGUUCACCCCAGGAGACCUCUCUGGAUGACUGACCAAUCAGCAUCUUCGGAACAAGAAAGAAGAGGUGAAGAAAUGGACACCUGCUUAUACUCCGCUGUAAUGAGCUAUGCAGCUUUGUAUCUUUUGUUGUUGUUGACAUUUUAAAUAAAGCUUGUACACACAUUUUAGAAUCUAUUCAAUUUCUAUUGUUCUUAAAAGAAGGAAACAGGCACAUCUGGACUGAAACGUUUGGACUUUCUCACUGUUUCCAUGGUAAACUAGCUAAAAAUAUAUAUUAACCAUUUACUGUUAUUCUGUAUAUGUUUCACCAUUAUAUACUCUGUAUUAUAUUACUGCUGGCAACUUCUCUUAUUAUUAAAGUUUGUGUCUUUUACUCACACGUUUCUCUUUUGUCAUAAAUGAGUUCUAGAAAGAAAUAUACUCUUAAAUGAAGCAAUCACAUUUCCACCGUAUAUUAUUCAAUUUAUUACUACAACAUACUAUUUUAGAAAUAUUUGAAUGCUAAUUAAUACUAUCUUUAUU